AUGGAGGUGUUGACAGAACAAGAGACAUAUACGUUAUAUAAUGGAGAACCCUUGAAAAAAGAUCUCCAAUUGAAGGCAUGUGACAAUGAGCUCAAACUUUUGUUCAACGGUGCAACAACCCUCUUUAAGACACCAAUUCACGACAUACCUUCGCACAAAUUUGAUUUCAAGCCUAUAUCUGAUUUUCUUGGUGGAAGUUACAAGCAUGAUCAGUUAUAUGUUAAUUUGAAACUCUAUUUGUUAUCAUUAUACAAACUUGAAGUUGAUUUUCAGCACAACAGCCAAUUUGUUGGGGAAGAUCAUCCACAAAUCUAUCCUACUUACCUUGAUGCUCUUCUGAAGAAAAAGCUUGAUUUUCGUGUCAAGUAUACCACUACCUUUGGUCAAUGA